GGGCGGGCCGGAGCGGGGCGCGCACAGCAUGGCGGAAGCGGAAGGGAUUUCGCCUCUCCUGUUGCCGCGGCAGCCACCCCCGCCCGGGAUGGCGGAAGUGGAGGCGCCGACGGCGGCCGAGACGGACCAGAAGCAAUCCAGUGGCUCUGGCGGCGGCGCCAUGGACGUGGAGCGGAGCCGCUUUCCCUACUGCGUGGUGUGGACGCCCAUCCCGGUGCUCACGUGGUUUUUCCCCAUCAUUGGCCACAUGGGCAUCUGCACGUCCACAGGAGUCAUUCGGGACUUUGCUGGCCCCUACUUUGUCUCGGAAGACAACAUGGCCUUUGGGAAGCCUGUCAAGUACUGGAAGUUGGACCCUGCUCGGGUAUACGCCAGCGGGCCCAAUGCGUGGGACACAGCUGUGCACGACGCCUCUGAGGAGUACAAGCACCGCAUGCACAACCUCUGCUGUGACAACUGCCACUCACACGUGGCGUUGGCCCUGAACCUGAUGCGCUACAACAAUAGCACCAACUGGAACAUGGUGACAGUCUGCUUCUUCUGCCUGCUCUAUGGCAAGUAUGUCAGCGUCGGGGCCUUCGUGAAGACCUGGCUACCCUUCGUCCUCCUCCUGGGCAUCAUCUUAACUGCCAGCCUGGUCUUUAACCUUCGGUGAUGGCUGCCUCGUGGCCCUGGACCUGCCACUCCUUUUGGUUCCAGAUUCUUUUCCUCUCCCCAAAAGGCAGGGAUGGGCCUGCUGCUGGUUUUGAGCCAAGAGUCUGGGCCAGGUGGGCUGGAAUAGGCUGAGGAUGAGCAGGGCUAGGGGGGCGGGGGGUGUGGUUGCAUAUUGUGUCUCACUGGUCACUCAGAAGUUCCCUGUGCCCUCCUCCCCAGGCCGGUGACCCCUGUUCUUGAGGCACCCUCUCUGCCCAUCUGUUGGAAAGGCUUUAACUUCUCCCUGUAGCUGCUCCUGUGCUGCCUCAGCUCAGUGCCUGGUGGGGAGGGGAGGGCAUUUGGAGCCACCAGACGGGUCAGAGCUGGAUUUGGAGCCUGUUCUCCUGCCAGGGCUCGGUCCUGGGGGGGCGGGGAACACUAGGAAGUUUCCAUAAGCUAAGCCACCUGGGCCUCUCCGCUGGCCUCUGGAAUGGUCCAGCAGGGCUGGGUGGCCCCCUUUGGCCAGAAGCUGCACUAGGGGUAGUUUGUGCCCCAUCUCCUGGGGCCCUCCAGACCAUGCAGCCCCUUCUACCCACUCUCCCAGGGCCCAUCUCCCACUGGAGCCCACAUCCCUCAGCAAAUUGGGGCCUGGGCCCCCCAGUCAGGCUGGAGAGAUGAGUGACACUGAUGUGUCCAGAGUGACGCCCUGCAGACCAGAGCAGCGGAAACAAAGCCUGGCCCCGGCCCAGGUGUGGGCCUCACUCGGGAUGGCACCCUUGGGUCCAAGAUGUGCCAGAGCAGCCAGCGCCAUCACGGAGCUGAGGGGAGCUGUUUCCUCCUCACCAGGGCUCCCUCUUCUCUUCGCGCUGUGGGAAGGGCUUGUGCUGCCCCUCACCCCUGCCCCACGGAUUCCUGUGUGGGGGGCUCCCUGGACAGGACAAUAAAGAAUUUUAACUCCA